AUGGCUGCACCGAUCAAGAAUUCAAGGCAAGCCCUGCUCUCUCUCGCGAAAGAUUCGGCGCCACGCUAUGCCGCUAUCCGCCAGGUCCUGGGAACGGUGGACCGACGCCUCUCAAAUGGCGGCGAGGCGACUUCAUGGUCUCCAAAGCACAUCAUCGACGUUGGCAGUUCAAGAGCUGAGGGUCUCUGGGCAGCGGCGGACGUCUGGCCUGAUCAUCUGGCUAGCUGGACGGGCAAGGAGUCAUCCACUGCGAACAUCAAGGUGGCAAAGAGCCUCCUUGCCCGCAAUGGGGAAAGGGAGGAACCUCACGCUGUCCAUCGGAUCAAGGACAAGAGAUUCGAGACGCUCAGAGAGGGCGCCGGUAAUGCGGGCGCAAGACCGGACGAGCCGGAUCGCACUUUGGUGCUUUCGUCACAUAGGCUAUUGAGCCUGCCUUCGGACUCCCACAGAGAGCAGCACGUCAAGUCGCUCUGGCGCAGUGGGGCAGAGACGAUCGUCUUGAUUGAGGACGGAUCUGACAGAGGAUUCGCGGCAAUUGCCAGCGCAAGGGCGCUCUUGCUCGAGCUAGGCGAGGAAGACAAGCAAACGGCAGAAGCUGAAGCCGCUAUUGAGGCUGGACAGGAGGCGCCGCUACCUUCUCGCCAGUACGCGGGACGCGAAAAGCUCGUCCUGAAUGGGGUCGAGUUUUUCGAGGAGCGACCGGAGGAUCGUCAGCCUGACAGCAACGCCAGCACUGCCAACUCAUCGGUCACUAGUCCCUCGCGUGCCCUCGGCAGCUGGGUAGUCGCCCCCUGCCCACACGAUCGACCAUGCCCACUUUUGCACCCCUUCUCUCUCACCCAACCACACGAAGCCCGCGCCACCCCCACGCACAAGGAGCGAUCCCGUCUCUCUCAUCACCAUGAGGCCGAACAUGUUGGGCUGUCCGCCUGCGUACAUCCUGUGCGCUUCCUCCCGCCGAGGUGGUCGACGCAUGAGGUUGUGGAAAAGAGGAGAAGGCAAAGAGAUCGGGGAGGGAGGGAGGAAAGGAGUGCUCGCAUUGCAUAUGUGGUGGUAAAACGCGGCGACAGGCCUACGGUGCAGAGCUUGGGAACGAAGGAGGAGCGCUUGGCGGCCGUGGGAGCUGCCAGGAAGGGCAGGAUGGGGGUGCUCGAUGAGCUCAGGAAGGGCGAAGCGGUACCGAGACGGUUGCCGGAGGACGUCGUCGGGGAAGGAGAGGAUGCUGACCCUCUCUCAGGACUGGCGGGGGAUGAGGAAGCGCAGCGAGAGCUCCUCAAGCUACUGCCCAAUGCGCUCAAGGAGGCUGGAGCUAGCGGCGAGGAAGGAGAAGAGGCUCUUCGUCAGGUCAUGGCGCAGAUGGCUGCUCUGCAGCAAGGUAAUGCAAAGGGAGAAGACGUGUGGGCGGCUAGUGGCGAGCUUGGUGCCAAUGCUGAGCAAGAGCAGGCGGACGAGGCCGUCACAACUGAAGAGGUCGACGCGCAAGAGCUCAAUGAGGACUGGCUGCGCGCCGCUUCUUCUCCUCAAGGGAACGACGAUGCGGACUCGUUAAGUACGGCUUUGAUGACUCCCACUCCAUCCUCUUCGACCUCCCCCUACAUUUCACACCUCCUCUCAUCUCUGCCUCGUAUUCUGCUGCCUCCGAUCAAAAAGGGAGGCCACGUUACCUUCGACGCCUGCCACUCCAAUGGGUCGAUCCAACGCUACACCAUUGCCAAGUCAGCGGGCAAACAAGCCUACCAAGAGGCGCGCAAGAGUGGGUGGGGCGAUGCGUGGAGCCAGGAUCCUGUUGAGGCGGGGCUUGCUGAACAGGAUCAGGGGCUGGAGACGGUUGACGAAAGGACGGGAAAGAGGACCUGGAGAAAGCGCAAGGGAUGGGGACAGUGGUGGAGGAUCUCAGAGGCUGCGCCUGAGGGUCUUGGUGCAGCGAACUCGCUACCUUCGGCUAGUGCGACGGCCAAGACCUCACCGGACGGGCGGACCUGGGUGUUUGAGGAGGAGACGGAGGAAGAUGACGAGGAGAACGAGAUCGAGGAAAUUACCGCAGAGCUCGCCGAGGACGCUGAGCCACUGGUGGACGAGCCCAACAUUCAGCAGGCCUCAUCUCCUUCCUCUACCGGUGCCGAUACCUCCUCUAUAGCAUGGGCCGCGGACCCGGCUGCUACGUCGUCGUCGAAGUCGUCCAAGAAUAGGGCCUCGAUCACUCCGACCUCCCGAAAAGCUUCCACCCGCCCAUCAGCCCUCAUAGGAGCGGAUCAAGUUUGUCCGGAGAAGCCCUUCACUCGCUCUUCGUCAGCGCCUGGAGCAGGGCAAGGGAGAGGGGACGAGAGGGAUGCAACUCCGUAUAGACGAUCAAGGGGAGGGAAUAGGAAGCAGGCGAAGCAUGCAUUCAGAGACGAGAUCCGCAGAGGGUUGAUGGAGGCGGAUCUAUGAAAGGAAAGGAAGGCGACGACGAUCAUAUAGCGGCGGGCCCCUUGCUGGGCUGGCGCCUGUACUUGUACCCAAGCCGAGCCAUGGAAUCCCACUAGACGAGC